AUGACAAUACAAGAUUCCACGUUAAAACUACCUCGCAUCAUAUGCCUCCACGGAGGUGGCACAAAUGCGCGAAUCUUCCGCAUGCAAUGUCGCGUCUUAGAAAGCACUCUCCGAUCAACGUUCCGCCUCGUCUACGUCGAAGCACCUUUUCAUUCACAGCCCGGCUCAGACGUGACCUCUGUAUACAAGAAUCAUGGCCCGUUUAAGUCCUGGCUACGCAUCACAUCCUCGGACAUCGCCCAUGAACCACGCCACAUUAUAGAGUCUAUAAACACAGCCAUCGCAACAGCAAUGUAUACAGACACGCAGUCUGGGGCGACGGGCGAAUGGGUCGCAUUACUGGGCUUUAGCCAAGGUGCCAAGCUAGCUGCGAGCAUUCUCUUUGCACAACAGUCAAUGCAGCGGCGCGCAGGUCCAGACGCUGUCAUCUGGCCGAAUUUUCGAUUUGCGAUUUUGUUGGCCGGCAGGGGGCCUUUGGUCUGGCUGCUACCUGAGAAAAACGGCAUUGCUUCAUCUAUAUCUGCUGGUCUUGUUGAUGCGGCUAGUCCUUCUAUUGGAGGUCAUGAGCCUGAUAUUCCGAUGCAUUCAGAUGAGCAUAUCUUGCGAAUUCCUACGGUACAUGUUCACGGGCUGAGGGAUCCGGGGCUAAGGAGCCAUCGGGCGCUUCUGAGUAACUAUUUUGAAGAAGAUUUGGUAUCUGUGGUGGAGUGGGAGGGUGAUCAUAGAAUACCAAUCAAGCGGAAGGAUGUUGAUGCUGUUGUACAGGAAAUUUACAGUUUGGCGAAAGUUACUGGUGUACUAGACACAUGGUGA